AAUAUGGCUGACAAACUCUGUCAAAAAUGUCGUCAAAUUUUCGUAAUUGCGUUGUUUUGUACCAAAUAAUUUGAGAAUUUUAACCAAUUUGAAUGAUAGACUAUAGGAAUAUAGCUAAAGAUUGUUGAACAGGCUCAUUUUAUGGAAAUAGUCUUAUUUUUUAAAAUAAUUUAGUCAAAAAAUCUUUGCGUUGUUUGGACGAGUCUAUGAUGUCUUCCUCUGCAUUCGAAGGAGGAUUUAGCGACAGACUCGAAGGAACAAAUGAAACAGUAGGAGGAUUAAUCAUCAAAAAGCCUACCAGUAAACACAAGUUUGAAAAGCCUAAAGGAAGCGUACUUGGCUUGCAAGAGCUGGCCAAAGAAAAGCGAAGAGAGAAAGAAGAGUUACUUAGAGACGAUGCAAAGAAAUCAAAGUUAGCGAGUAAAUCAGAAGAUUGGGAAGAUGGUGAUGACGAAGAUUAUAAGGACAAGGGUAAAAUUUUCUCAUCUAGAGAUCGAGAGAAGGAGAAGUCGCGCCAUUAUAGAACUCAUAUUGAGGAUACGCCAUCGCAUACUGGUGGAGUGAGCAACGAAGCACGCGAGAAACAACUCAGACGACAAGAAAGAGAAAGAGAGAGACGAGGUCAGGGAGUUUAUGCUGAGUCUAGGGACAAAAGUGACAAGAACAGGGAUAGAGAUAGAGAUAGAGGUAGGGGUGGGGAUAGACGUGAUGACAGAGGGAGGUAUGGUGAUAGGAGCGAUAGGAGAUUUAAAGAACCAAGGUCUAGGAGAAGUGACUGGGAAGAUACGCCAUCAAGGAGUAGACGGUCGACAGAAAGGGAUGACUACACACCACAGCAUAAGACAAAAGGUUUACGAACACCAUCUAGAAGUACAUGGGAUGACGAAGACAUGUCACCAUCCAGGUCCAAAUGGGAAAUGCCUUCACCAACAAGAUCCAUCAAAGACGAUACAGAUAAAGGAUACACUCGGCUUGUUGAUGACACACCUCGUUUUACUCCAACACACAAGUAUAAUGCAUGGGCAGAUGACAGGAGGCACUCAGGAGCAACACCGAGGUUUUCUAAAGGAAAAGCUAGGAGAAGAAAUAAAGAUGAAGGCCAAAACUCACCAGACAGACAGGAACAUGGUAAAGACGACGACUUUGAUCAAGAAGAAUGGGAGGAAGAACAGAAGAGGUUGGAUCGUGCAUGGUACGACAUGGACAAUGGAUACGAUGAAUCACAUAAUCCAUUUGCUGAUGUCAGUGAGGAAUACACCAAGAAAAAAGAAGAAAACUUGGCUAAGAAGGCAGUCAAGAGAAUUUCAGCCCAGCAGAGACAAUACAAUAAGGACAAUGACAUGUGGGAGACGAAUCGUAUGUUAACGAGUGGUGUUGUACAAAAGCUUGAAGUGGAUGAAGACUUUGAGGAAGAAAAUGAAGCAAAAGUUCAUUUGUUGGUUCACAAUAUUGUACCACCUUUUCUUGAUGGAAGGAUUGUUUUCACAAAGCAACCAGAACCUGUUAUCCCAGUCAAGGACGCCACAUCUGACAUGGCCAUCAUAUCCAGGAAGGGUUGUCUAGUAGUCCGUCGAUUCCGAGAGGAGAAGGAGAAAAAGAAAUCUCAACACAAGCACUGGGAGCUUGCUGGUACGAAGCUUGGUAACAUCAUGGGAAUCAAAGAAGACAAAGGAGAGGAAAUGGAUGUCAAGGACGAUGACUAUAAAAAGAAUCAGAAAUUUGCAGAACACAUGUCAAGCAAUUCAAGUGAAGCGACAAGUGAUUUUGCUACAAAGAAAAGCUUUGCUCAGCAGCGGCAGUUCCUACCAAUAUUUGCCGUCAGACAAGAGUUGCUAAACAUUGUGAGGGAUAAUCAAAUAGUGAUUAUCGUUGGUGAGACAGGCUCAGGCAAGACUACUCAGCUUACACAAGUAAUAAGCAGAAGACGUGAUUUAAAACUCAUAGUUACCUCAGCUACUAUGGAUGCACAAAAGUUUGCAGACUUCUUUGGCAACGUACCAACAUAUAAGAUUCCAGGGAGAACAUUUCCAGUAGAAAUAUUUUUCAGUCGUACUGUGUUGGAGGACUACGUUGAAAGUGCCGUGAAACAAGCUCUGCAGAUUCACUUGACUCCAACCAAAGGAGACAUUCUGAUUUUCAUGCCUGGGCAAGAGGAUAUUGAAGUGACAUGUGAACUCAUCACAGAGAGACUGAGUGAAGUAGAUGAAGCGCCUCCACUAGCUGUACUCCCCAUCUACUCCCAGCUGCCUUCAGAUUUACAGGCAAAGAUCUUUCAAAAGGCUCCUGAUGGCGUCAGAAAAUGUGUGGUGGCCACGAAUAUUGCAGAAACUUCAUUGACAGUGGAUGGUAUCAUGUUUGUUAUCGAUGCUGGGUACUGCAAACUUAAAGUCUACAAUCCCAAGAUUGGUAUGGAUGCACUUCAAGUGUACCCUAUCAGCCAGGACAAUAUUCUCAACUCAAUGUAUCAGCUAUGGAUACUAGGAGCACUAGACAACACAGGCGCACUAACUCCACUAGGAAGACAAAUGGUAGAGUUCCCUCUGGACCCGGCCAUGUCAAAGAUGCUGAUAGUCUCUGUGGACAUGGACUGUAGUGAUGAAGUACUGACAAUAGUCUCAAUGCUGUCUGUGCCAGCGAUAUUCUAUCGUCCCAAAGGAAGAGAAGAGGACAGCGACGCAGCUCGUGAGAAGUUUGCCGUGCCUGAGAGCGACCAUCUGACGUACCUGAACGUCUACCUGCAAUGGAAAACAAAUAAUUAUUCAGCUCAGUGGAGCAACGAGCAUUUCAUUCAUGUCAAGGCCAUGAGAAAGGUUCGUGAGGUCAGAGGUCAACUUAAAGAGAUCAUGCUUCAGCACAAGAUCCCUCUCAAGUCUUGUGGUAAUGACUGGGAUGUGAUUAGGAAGUGUAUUUGCUCGGCUUACUUCCACCAGGCUGCUAAACUCAAGGGUAUCGGUGAGUAUGUGAACAUGCGUACAGGCAUGCCCUGCCACCUACACCCUACCAGCGCUCUAUUUGGCAUGGGAUACACACCUGAUUACAUCGUCUACCACGAGCUCGUCAUGACUUCCAAGGAAUACAUGCAGUGCGUCACGGCUGUGGAUGGCAACUGGUUAGCAGAACUAGGCCCCAUGUUCUACUCUAUCAAAGAAUCUUCUCGAUCAAGAGCGGAAAAUCGCCGGCGAGCUAAAGAUCGAGCGACUGCGAUGGAAGAAGAACUGGCCGCAGCAAGUGAGCAAAUGAAAGUAAGAGAAGAGGAGAGACUCAACAAGAUGACACCAUCAGUAAGAACUCAGAUUGUAACUCCUGGCAGAAGAACUCCAGCCACGCCCAAACGAACACCCAAACGAUUCGGGAUUUAGAUGAUAUUUUCCAGUAUGCGACUUUAGCAUCAGAGUAGUAUCAAUGUACUAUCUGAAAGCGCUUUAAAAAAAUCUAUAUCAUAUUUUAUUUUUCAUGUAUCAUUAGAUCUUAAACCACUACGCCACCCAUGCCAUACCAAAUAGAGUGUGUGCAACCAUGUAACUCAAAAUCCCUUGAGAUACAAAUGACAAUGAAACAGCCGCCAUCUUGGUUGAUCUAAUAAGAGAAGCUAAUGAGGAAUGCUUUGUUAUCGUCAACCAAGAUGGCGGCAUUAACGUAACAUGCACAUGCUCUAUACGUAAUGGACGUAAUGUUUUCCCAUUUCAGACCAUGUGUUAUUCUCUUGAGAAUAAGAUCCUUUGUUUGAGUGCCGUCCAUAUUCACGUGACACGUGGUCUGAAAAGGGAAAACAUUACGCCCACGUGGAUUUGGGCUAUCACCAACUUCCAGUGGCAAGUUGUUUCAUAGCCAGACUGAGAUUACAAGAGUGCAUACCAUAUGUCCGUGAAAAAGUUAACUAACAAAAUCGUACAAAUUAGUGCAAAGUUUUGUAGGUCUACGGUCUACUGAGGUCUACUGAACUUACUGAGUUGUGCAAAUUAGUACAAUUUCUUACAAAGUUUACAGCGUUUUUCACGGAUAUAUGGUAUGCACUCUACUAACAAUCUACUAGACUCAAUAUACCCACCCGUAGUGCACGGUAGAAUGUCUAAUAAGAUUUAUUAUGUAUUUUAUUGCUAUCUAUUGAAUUGUACAGUUCAACUCACUAUCGUCGAUAAUUUUUUUUAUAAUGAAGGAAUGGAAACUAAAUAAACGAUGCUACAUAUUUAUUAA